AUGGGCGACAGUCUAGCAUACCGGCCUAAAGAUGGCGACGAUGGCGGCCGCAACGAGCAGAAUGAAGAUGAAGAUGAGGAGAUCGAUGAGACUGGGUACAAAGCCGUCAAAGAUGCAGUCUUGUUCGCCAUUGAGGUGAGCGAAUCAAUGCUUCGAAAGCCACCAAAGUCAUCUUCCAAGAAUGCCGACACUAAUUCGCCACUACUCGCGGCGCUCAAGUCUGCUUACCAUUUGAUGCAGCAGCGCAUCAUUGCUUCGCCCAAAGACUUUAUGGGUGUCCUGCUUUAUGGAACAGAAGCCUCGAAGUUCUAUGAUGAGGACGAACAUUCUCGGGGCGGCUGGUCAUUCCCUCACUGCUACCUCCUAAUUGAUCUCGAUAUCCCAGAAGCCGAUGACGUGAAGGCAUUGAAGCGACUGGCGCAAGAUGAUGCUGCCGAGUCUGCGAGGCUCUUCACUCCAGCAAAGGAGACCGUUGGGAUGCAUACCGUUCUCUUCUGUGCCAACCAGAUCUUUCAGCAGAAAGCUUCCAACUUUACCUCUAGGCGGCUCUUCCUGGUGACUGACAAUGACAACCCCCAUAUGGACAACAAAGCAUUCCGCUCCCAAGCUACAGUGCGUGCCAAAGAUCUAUAUGACCUGGGAGUCACAAUCGAGUUGUUCCCCAUCUCCUCACCUCAACACGAAUUCGAUUCCAAGAUCUUCUACGACGAUAUUGUGUACAAGACCACACCCAGUGAUCCCGAUGCUGUCAUUUACAACCCCUCUGCUGUCAUUGAUGUCGGCACCUCGAAGCUGAAGACAGGCUCAACAGAUGGCAUAAACUUGUUGCAAAGUCUUCUGUCCAAUAUCGCGUCUAAGAUCACCCCAAAGAGAGCAUUGUUCUCUGCUGUACCUCUCGAGAUCGCGCCCAACCUCAAAAUCUCCGUCAAAGGCUACCUACUCUAUAAACACCAGCAACCGGCACGAAGCUGCUACAUCUAUCUGGGUGGCGAGAAGCCGCAGAUUGCAACUGGCAGCCGCUCUUUGGUAGUUCCAGAUGAGCGCCGGGAGGUCCAGAAAGAAGACAUGCGCAAAGCGUUCAUCUUUGGAGGAGAGAAGAUAUCUUUUUCGAUGGACGAAGUUAAGAAGCUGCGUGAUUUCGGAGAUCCUGUCAUUCGCAUCAUUGGGUUCAAGCCUCAAGCAAAGCUGCCGCUGUGGGCAAACGUCAAGAAUUCCACCUUUUUGUAUCCAUCAGAGGAAGACUACGUCGGCAGCACCCGCGUCUACAGCGCUUUGUACCAGAAACUACGUAAGGCCCAGCUCUUCGGCCUAUGCUGGUUCAUUCCGCGUCGAAACGCCACUCCCGUUAUGGCUGCCUUGAUUCCUACGCUGUCUGCAGAUAAUUCUGAUGAGGACACCGACCCUAUUGCAAUGUCAAUAACGGAAGCUCCACAAGGCCUACAUCUGAUACCAUUGCCGUUCGUGGAUGACAUCCGACAGAACCCACCCAGUACACAUGAUGCUCCGCUUCGCGCGCCGGACAAGCUUGUUGAUGCUAUGAGACCCAUGAUUCAGCAGCUCCAUUUACCAAAAGGAAUCUAUAACCCCUCCAGGUAUCCGAACCCAAGCUUGCAGUGGCACUAUCGGAUUUUACAAGCGCUUGCACUGGACGAAGACCUGCCGGCAAAGCCUGAGGAUAAGACGAUCCCAAAGCACAGACAAAUCGACAAACGCGUUGGGAACGAAGCCAUUGAAUGGGGGAAAACUCUCGAGGCAACAUACAAAGAAUACCUGUCCGAGAAUCCAGAUGCUGCGACUAUUGGGUCAAAGCGGACCACGAAUGGUGCAUCCACUGCCGGUCGUGGCGCUGCCGAGAGCAAGAAAGUCAAGACCGAGCCCGGUGAAAUCAUCAGCGAGGCUCAAAUGAGAGGACUGUAUCAGAGUCAGAAGAUCAAUUCGCUCACAGUCCCGCAGCUGAAGGACUUCUGUACCAUCAAGAAGAUACCAGUUGGCGGCAAGAAGGCCGACAUAGUCGAGAGGAUCGAAAGCUGGUUCGAGCGAGGAUGA